ACAAAAGUUACCCCAACUCUAACUUCAACCAAAUCCCUGAUUACUACCCCAACUCUAUCACUAACUCCACCCCUAACCACGACAACGCUAAUGACAAAGCUAACCCUGACUCUGAACCCAACACAAGCCACAACAUUAUCUCCAACAAAAGCCCUGGUUCAAUCCUCAAGUCUAACCCUAACUCUGACUCUAACCCAAACCCCGACUCUUAUUCCUACACUGUCAAGAACCCCAAUACCAACCCUAACCCUGACUCUAUCUCCAAAAAUAACCCCGAAUCUAAGCCCAACACCGACUACAAACCUAAUCCUAGCUCUAACCCUAACCCCAUCAACCACAAUGACAACCCUAGCCUUGACACUAAUGCCAGAAGUAACCCCAACACUAACUUCAACGAAAUCCCUGAUUCUAACCCCAACUCUAUCACUAACUCCAACCGUAACCAAGACAUCCCUAAUGACAAACCUAACCCUGACUCUAAACCCAACUCAAACUCCAACACUAACUCCGACCAAAACUCUGACUCUUACUCCAACAUUAACGAUGACUCUAACUUAAAAAACAACCUUGACUCUAACACCAACCCUGACUCCAACCCUAACCCUGACUUUAACCGCAACCCCAACAAGAACCCCAGUGCUAACCCUAAUUCUGAUUCAAACUCCAACGUUCACUCCAAUACUGACUCCAGCCCUAUACGUGUCUUUUUCCCCAACCCCAAUAACCCCAAUGGAAAUCCUAGCCCUGACUCUAAUUCCAAAACAAACCCUAACACCAACCAAAACCCUGAUUAUAAUCCCAACUCCAAGUCUGACUCUUACCACAACACUUUCACUUCACAGGAUAAGAAAGCUGGGGAAUUUGGUAUCACAAUUGUCCCAAUGCAGGAGGCUUUAAGAAAUGAACAAUUACUUGACAAUAAGGAGACACAUUUCUAUGAAAUAAAUACGAAGUCUGAUGAAAUAAA